GGAUUUGGAUUUGACACCUCUGGUUCGUGGUAUUUCCAUUCAUUUCAACGGGAAAGGAUGAUUUGAGACAUUGUGUGUUUUGAGUUACGAAUUAUACUCACAAGUUAAGGCACAAUUGUACUUCUUUCUAAGCGUAAAGACAAAAAAAAACUUCAAAACAUGGGUUUGAACCUCAAAUAAGUGUUAUCUGUGAAAAACGGGGGUUGCCACCCAGAAACACCACCACCAACAACAACAAAAAACAUUUAAAAAUUAUAAGAAUGUUGAAAUCCAUGAACGUGUGAAUCGAAGUACGCGAGGUUCCAUUGUACCUUCUGCGUACUUUCGUCACCUCGAAGCAAAGUUGAGCUUUUAUUUUCCAAGUCGCAUAUCCGCCGUGGGGUCUUACUUUGGCGGGAGCUAACAAGAAGUGGCCCACAUUGAGGUACACACCCGAGAGCUUAGCUUGUUAGUCGCGUCGAGUUCGCACUGCAACGUGAGCCGCCAGCCGCAGCAGCGAGAUGUGAGCCGGCCGCGCGAAGGAGGACUUUUUGCCUUCCCCAAACUGUCUUUUGUCCAUUUUGAAGGACGUACAAACUCCCCGCGAUGGACCCCGCCGCUUGCCCCGACGGCUACCGGGCUCUGAGCACCGGCGAGCUGAGGGAGCUUUUACAGAGCGACGACAAAAUGGAGCAAAUCAUUGGACUCAAUGAGAAGUUUCAGGAGCUUCAAAUAGACAGGGAGAUGAUGAUGGCGUCCAAUCGCAGCCUGGCCGACGACAGCCUGGCCCGGCGGCCGCGCCUUAAUAACGGCAGACUCCAGUUGGCCGAAAAAUACCGGGAGCUGUCCAACGUGGCAACCACGUGCUGGGAAAAACAGAGUCAGCUUGGAGCUGCUGGACACGUUCAUGGAGGGGAACAUGAGCCUGGAGGACUUUUUGGACUCCUUCCAGCGCUCCCGGAGGACUUACCACAUGCGCCGAGCGCAGGCGGAGAAAAUGCAGGACUUGAUCAAGAAGCAGCCCGGCAAAGCGGGCGGCGGCGAGGACGCGCCGGGCAACGUCCUCGAGGAGGCAAAGGCGGCCGCGGCGGAAGCGCCGCGGCCCAACGGCUACGUGGCGCAGGGACCUCUGCGGGUUUUCCAGGUACGCUACGGCCUGACGCCGGCCAUCCUGCUGCCGCGCUACCCGCUUUCUCCCGUUUCCCCCGCGGCCCCGGCACAGCCGCAGCCGCAGCACGCCAGGACUCCCCCGCCCCCUCCCCACCCGCAGGGACACGUCCCGGGCCCCGGCGCCCCCCUCCAGCCGGUGGGGCUCAGGGUGAUCGGACAGCUGCCCGGGGGCUGGCCGCCCAGCGGGCGCCCGGUACGGCUGCAGCAGCUCUACAGGCCCAACCCGCAACAACCCCAGCCGCCCCUCCGAUAGGUCGGCGCCGGCGAGAAGGCGGGGCCAAAGCUUCUCGGAGAGCUUGUCCCGGGAACGGGGAUCCUUCCGAAGACGGCAAACCAUCCGUCCCGAGAUGGCGCCACGCUUUUACCCGGUGGGAUAGUCGAUUGGAUGGGACAAGAGCACGGGCGCCCUCACAAUCGCCGGAUCCGACCGGCUUGGACUCUGUUUUGAGGCCAAAAGGGCUUGAUUGAAGACUCAAAAUGGUCCAGAGAUGGGACUGCCUGCGAUUGAUUAGUGACCAGAGGUGGGUGGAGUGGCCACUGAUUGUACUCGGAGUAAGAGUGCCCUUACUUUCGAAUACUAUGACCUCAAAGUAGGCCUCCAAAUACUGUAGUCACUUCAAUAUUCAGUCGGAUAUCGGGCGGCAGCUCGGUGUGCUCGCGGUGAACGUGGCUGCCGGGGUUUGAAGCUCUGUUUUCUCCAAUUUUCUCAAAAGACGACAAAUUGUUCCUUGACGGGAAUGCGAAUGCCUUGAACGGACUGGCGACCAAUCCAGGUUGCGCGGUGCGAGCUCAGCCUGGGUUCCGGUCCAGUUACCCGCAACGCCAAUGAUGACGAGCAGUCCGGAAAAUGGCCGGAAAAUUCUCAAGGCGUUGUCAUGGAAUCCAUUUCCAAGUGCUAUAUCCACCCCCCCCCGAACCCCCCCUUUUUAAUUUAUUGGUGUAAAUCCUCUUUUGAAUGUCUGCCUUCAAAGAGCUGCCGCACAUUUGCAAGAUUUCUCUCCCAACACGCCGCGGGAGGAGACGCCAUCCUCGCUUUGGGGGGGGAUUAGAAUCAUUGUCUCUGAAUUAAUCCGCUCGGUAUUCCACCAGCGAGUGAUCAGACAACGUUUACGCCGCUUUGACAAACUCCCACUUGAGAAAAGUGCCUUUCGGCCACCGGUGCCCAGUCGCAUCCAUCGGCGCUCUCAUUGCGAGUGGUCGCCUUUGAAUGACAUUCCCCUCGGGAGCCCUGCGCAAGCUUUCCGCGUCUUGUUUUAGAGCCUCUUGGAAAUGCCCUCCAAGAUGAGUCCCAAAAAAAUGCGACCUAGAUACUCGCGCGGCAGCGUCUCGCUGCGCUUCGCGCGCACAAUAUUGUCUCACUCACAUCUGCUCAAGAUGAAAGCACCGGGGAUGAUAAACACAUUUGAAGAAGUCAAAUGCAAAAGAUCAUUUGCCGCACCGUAGCACCACCUACUGGCCAGAGUGGACUUAAGGCAAAAACGGUUUUGCGUUGAGUAUCAGUGGCCUCAUGCCGAUACCUGCUAGCGGUAUUUGCCCAUCCCUAAAAAGAAAAGAGUCAAAUGUACCCUUUUCUCUUUCUACCGUUGCGCUCAAAGCAACCCCUCGCUCCUUUUUGCAGCUGCGUGACCACAAUUUGAGAGAAUGUGACCGACCUUUCCUGAUCUUUUUUUCCCCUGUGACACGUUUCCUGGGCACUGGUGGCUGGACGUGCACUUUCAUGUCCAUUCAGGAAAGGAAAAUGCUCCAUUUUGGCUCAACGAAUGGAAACCCCCCCCCCCCCCCCCAAAAAAAAAUCUGUAUGACCCCACUUGUCUGUCUACAGUAUUUGACACUGUGUGAGGCUCCAACAAACGGAUCAGUGAGCCAAAAGCAUCUUAUGUGACAACUUCGUAACAACGUUUUCCCCAGCAGCCUUUUCAAAGGUUUUGGCUCCCAGCAGAAUGUGAGCAUUUGGGUCCGUGAACGUAAGCUGCAUGUCAAGUUGACCUUGAUGGGUUCUCUGGAGCCAACGUCGGAGCCGGGACUGCACGGCCGUCCCUUCAUAUCAUGAGGACCGGGCUCAUGUUAGCGUCGAGGUGGCCUAGCGAUGAGGACAGAAAUUCCAAAGCGACACAGAGUCCGAAUUUGUUCGCUUUCUUUCAGCAGAAAUGGUGGGAAAUUCCGAGACGACAAUACAAAGUACUCGCCCUCGAGAGACAAACCAAACAGGAUUGGACACACUCUGUGCUAUUGCUAGCUAGCUGUUAGUGUUCGCAUCAAAUUUGCUUUUCAUUUGAAACGUGCACUGCACAAAAAUUGCAGAUAUGUAAAAAUUCCGCAAAACUGCAAAUUCAUAUUGUAAUAUACGCCUUUUAAAAUCUUGAUUCGAUACAAUUGUUGAUGCUGGGUAUUAUAAAAAA